AUGGGCUGGGCAAUACUUAGCGUACUGGACGGGGUUCAACUAGCGGACACUUUUGGAACAGCUGGAGUAAGAAGUCCCCAAGUGAGCGUAUUAUGGGGGAUUGACUUGACUAAAUUGCAUGCCUGGGGGAUUAAUUGCUAUGAAAGUUCAUCGCAACUAUACUCGACUAAAUUGAGAACUCCAGCAAGCAUAAAGUAUUCUUGUAUUGUUGGAUGCAUAACUCUCUCCUUCUUUUUCUGUGUUUUGCUCUUUGAUUUACUCAAUAUGGACAAGAUGUGCCUCAAACUCUUUUAUCCACUUGUGGUGCUUUUGCUGCACAUGAGCCACCUUGGAUUUGUUUCCGGACUACGGCGUGGGGCUACUAAUAUCAGGUGCAUAGAGAAGGAAAGGCAGGCUCUCCUUGCAGUAAAACAAGGUCUCGUGGGCAAUCAUUCACUUUCUUCAUGGGGAAGCAACGCGACAACAGAUUGUUGCAAAUGGGAAGGAGUCCAUUGUAGCAAACAAACAGGUCAUGUUACUAAACUUGAUCUUCAUUCCACAUGGCAAUAUUUACCUCUGCAAAGUAAGAUUAGUCCUGAACUUUUUGAGUUGCAGCAUUUGGAAUAUUUGAACCUCAGUUACAACAGCUUUAGUGAUAACCAAAUUCCAAAAUCUAUUGGUUCUCUAAGCAAUUUAAAAUUUCUCGACCUCUCUGACUCUAGUUUUGGUGGUGAAGUACCAUAUCAGCUUGGAAACCUUACACAGUUGCAAUUUCUUGAUCUUGGAGGGCUCAAUUACUUUACUAAUCCGAAAAACCUCAAUUGGCUCCCUCAUCUUUCUUCUUUAACACACCUGAACCUAGAGGAGAUGAAUCUCAGUAAUGUUUUACAUUGGCCAAAAGUAGUUGAUAAGCUCCCUAAACUACAAUCGUUGACAUUAUCAUCCUGUGAUCUUCCUAUUCCAAUUCUUUCGUCUCUUUCUCAUAUAAACACUUCUAAAUCUCUUUCUUCAGUUGAUCUCUCUGACAACCAUCUCACCUUUUCAAUAUUCCAUUGGUUGUCAACCUACAAUACAAGCCUUGUUUCCGUUGACCUUUCUGCCAACAACUUAAGUGGUUCAAUUCCUGAUGUUUUGGGCAACCUGAGUUCUCUCCUGCAUCUAAGUCUUGCUGCUAACUCAAUAGAAGGACAAGUCCCAAAAGCCAUUGGCCAGUUAUGCAGUUUGCAAUCAUUGGACCUUUCUUACAACAAGUUAAGUGGUUCAAUUCCUGAUGUUUUCAGCAACCUGAGUUCUCUCCUGCAUCUAAGUCUUGCUGCUAACUCAAUAGAAGGACAAGUCCCAAAAACAGUUGGCCAGUUAUGCAGUUUGCAAUCAUUGGACCUUUCUCACAACAACUUAAGUGGUUCAAUUCCUGAUGUUUUCGGCAACCUGAGUUCUCUCCUGGAUCUAUAUCUUGGUUUUAACUCAAUAGAAGGACAACUCCCAAAAACAAUUGGCCGGUUAAGUAGUUUGCAAUUGUUGGACCUUUCUCACAACAACUUAAGUGGUUCAAUUCCUGAUGUUUUCGGCAACCUGAGUUCUCUCCUGGAUCUAUAUCUUGGUUUUAACUCAAUAGAAGGACAACUCCCAAAAACAAUUGGCCGGUUAUGUAGUUUGCAAUUGUUGGACCUUUCAAGAAAUAAUCACAGUGGUGAGUUUUCGGAGUUUAUUCAAGGAUUAUUUGGCUGUGGUGGGAACUCAAUAAGAAUAUUACUUCUCUCUGGCAAUCAACUGACUGGAAGAAUACCUGAAAGAAUAGGUUCAUUGUCCAACUUGGAAAAUUUCAAUGUUAGUAUGAACUCUUUGACAGGAGUGAUUACGGAAGCUCAUUUCUCAAACCUCUCCAAACUGCUAUAUUUGGAUUUAUCUUCCAAUUCACUAACUUUGAACAUUCGUUCUGAUUGGCUUCCUCCUUUUCAACUUGUCAGGAUAAGAUUAAUGUCUUGCAAAAUCGGGCCACAUUUCCCAAAAUGGCUUCGAACAUCUCUGAGAAGCUUUUACGAGCUUGAUCUUUCUGAUGCUGGAAUUUAUGAUAUCAUUCCAAGCUGGUUUCAAGAUAACUCUAUGAAAUUCUCUCAAUAUCGUGUUUUAUCUCUGAGUUCAAACCAAUUGGAAGGGCCAAUUCACUCGCUACCAUCAGGACUGUCAUCUCUGGAUCUAUCCAGUAAUAAACUUUCAGGGAGGAUCUCUUUCUUGUGUGCAAGCAAAAAUAGGAAUUUAACAUUUCUUGAUCUAUCAAACAAUUCUUUCUCCGGAGAACUUCCAAAUUGUUGGAAGCAUUUAGAAAAUCUAGUCAUUCUUGACUUGAGUAACAAUGCUUUUUCUGGAAAAAUUCCUACUUCAAUUGGUUCCCUAGCUUCUCUUGAAACAUUGAAGCUUAGCAAGAACAAUUUUGCGGGAGAAUUGCCUUCAUCCUUGAAGAAUUGUACAAACUUACAAUUUUUUGAUAUUGGAGAAAAUAGGAUCACAGGAAAGAUACCUGAAUGGAUGGGGAUUAGCUUUUCCAAGUUGGCUAUCCUCAUUCUUCGAUCUAAUCAAUUUAGUGGAAGCCUGCCUUUGGAAUUAUGCCAUCUGAAAGACAUUCAACUUUUGGAUUUGUCUAGGAACUGCUUCUCUGGUACCAUACCUCAAUGCCUGAACAAUCUGACUACUUUGGCUCAAAAAGGAAGUUCAAGCCCAAGCAUCAUGCACUCUGUAUUUGCAACAAUUUAUUAUGUACAUUACGAAGAUGAUGCAUCUUUAAUAUGGAAAGGAAGAAUGUCCAAGUACAAAAGCACAUUGGGACUUGUAAAAAGCAUUGAUUUCUCAAGCAACAGAUUAGAUGGGGAGAUUCCUCGUCAAAUCACUGAUCUAAUUGGAUUGGUUUCUUUAAAUUUAUCAAGAAACUAUCUAACAGGUCAAAUGCCUCCUCAAAUUGGGAAGUUGCAGUCGUUAGACUUCCUCGAUUUGUCAAGAAACCAUAUAUAUGGAAGAAUCCCUACAAGCCUUUCUCAGAUGUAUGGUCUUGGUGUCUUGGACUUGUCGAAUAACAACUUAUCAGGUAAAAUCCCAAUCGGUACUCAGCUCCAAAGCUUUGAUCCCUCUACUUAUGCAGAAAAUCCUCAACUUUGUGGACUUCCACUACAAAAGAUCUGCCCUACAGGAGAAACAAGGUCCAAACAAGUUCCUAAAGAAGAAGAAGAUGAGCUAAUAUCAUUCGGAUUUUAUGUCAGCAUGGGGCUUGGGUUUGUUGUUGGAUUUUGGGGAGUUUGUGGCAGUUUGAUAUUCAACCGGUCAUGGAGAUACACAUACUUUGGUUUCUUGAAUGUUUUACGGGAUUGGGUUUAUGUGAGGGCAAUGUUGAUUAGGCGGCAAAGAAUGCUUUGAGAAAUGAAUGGUUUAGGCUCGUAAGACAUUUGCUUUCCUUCAGUUGAAGAAUAAACAGUUGCAUUCGACAACAAUCAAUCUGUAUUAGUUUUCAGAGUAUCAAAGUGCCCAACUCUAUAAGAUCAUAAGAUAAGAAUUUUGUUUUAAUGUUUCUUUGUAAUCUUGGAUUGAACUGUCUGCCUUGGCACUCCAUAUUUUUCUCUUUCAAUUUUGGUAUGGCCUUGUGCCAAACCUUAUGAACCAUGUAAACUGGAUAAACAAUUUUCCUUUUGACAUUUUGAA